AUGGAAAGUGAGCGGUGGGACAGGGGUCUAGCCCGCCAAGUGCAGCCACGGAGGAUCGAGGGACAGGUCAAGAAGCACAGGAGCCCGAGGAGGCAUCAACAAAGAGCUCCCGACGGCCUGCUUCUCGCCUCACCACCAGCUGCACGAGAAGGCGGCGCAGCAAGCCAUCCAGGCGACGAGUACUACCUGACCCUCGUGCGCGGGGCGGUCGGCGAUGACCUCUUCGUCCGGUUCCUGAGCCUGUACCCGACGCCCGCGCUGGUCCUCGUCCUCGACACGACGGACUCCAUGGACAAGGAACUCGCGGCGCUCGUCCACACGGCCAACCGCCUCGUCCAGCAGCACGCCAGCGCCACCUACCCGCCGGCCGAGUACCUCUUCGUCCCCUUCAACGACCCAAGUGAGGCGGCGUCGCGUUUCGUUUGA